AGAGCCGAAAUGCAGGUAGUCAGGAUCUACACCGGCGAUGACGGAGAGUCACACUUCGAGGAACUGGACCUUCCCUUCGAGGCCGUUGCCAACGCUGAGCGAACGGCCGCGCAGAACGCAUCCAGCGUGACCUUCAGUCGCACCCAGCCCGGCAACUUCAGCGACUGGCAUACCGCACCCCGCCGGCAGUACGUCAUCACCCUGGAGGGGCAAAUGGAGGUCGGUCUCGGAGACGGCACCAAGCGGAUCUUCAACUCCGGAGACGUGCUGCUGGCCGAUGACCUCACUGGGCGAGGGCACACCACCGCCGUCCAUGGCGACAAGCCCCGCGUCUCGAUUGCGGUCCCCAUCAUCGAUUAA